ACAUUUAAUAAUCAAUAAUUUAAUUUUCAAAAAUGGAUAGUACUGCCUUGGAACAGAAAUUGAAUAGCAAGACUGCAGCUCUCACUGUAUUAAGUGAAGAAUUAGAAAAAUGUCGAAUAGAACGUGAUCAUUUGAAAAUAAUUUUGGAAAAUAAAAUGCUACAUAAUACAUACAAUAGAAACUACCAGUUGAAUUAUGAUAAACUUGUGAAUCAACUUAGAGAAGAAAAUAAGAAACUGAGAUUAGAAGUAGAGGAUAUACGUCAAAAACUACAGGAUGCUCAAGGUGACAACCAAGUUUUAAGAACUGGUGGUUUUGUCAAAGAUUGUAUCAAUACAAUUUUAACAAGCUCUGAUAGUAAAGAAGAAUUAGUCAAAAAUUUAGAAAUAAUACAUUCAAAGUAUCAACAAUUAAAGCUUGAUUUUGGUUUAUUACUGGACGAUAAGCAAGAAUUAAUUACUGAACGAGAUGGAGUUCGAAAUAAAAUAAGACGUUUAAAUUAUCAAUUAGCAGCUUCUUUAAAUGCCAAUAAAAAUCAACUUGUAUUAGAUAUAGAUAGUUUAUUAUUAGAAAACAAGUAUUUAAAUGAAAGACUGCAGUUAGAGAUUGCCGAAAAGGAAAUGUUAAGGAAAACAAAUUCAUUAUACCAGAGUACAUCAACAACAAAUGAUGAUUUAUCUUUAUUAACUGCUAAUAAUUCAAUAACCCGCAAAGUAAUAACUUGCAAACAGAUGCAACAAAUUUUGGAAACUGGAAAUCUUCAAGCUUUAUUUUCAAACAGCACAACACUUGCAGAUUUAAGAAAGUUAUGUCAGACAUUAUUUGAAGCAUUGCAAGAUAAAAAUAUAGCACUUAAUCAUCAAAAAAAGACAAAUAAAGUAUUAGCUAAACGAUUAGAAGACUUGGAAAAUAAGUUAAAAACAAUUAACCAAGGUGAAGCCAUUAUAUCACCUUCGUUGGUUUUGUUGAAUGAAUGUUCAAAUACAUCUGAUGAAACUGAUAUUGAAACAAGUUCUAUUGAUGAGUCAAAUAGUUGCUUAAUUUAUAAAGAAGAUGAUUCUAUUAUCAAAAAUAUUAAUUUUGAUAAAUAUCCUAAUGAAAUGAAUACUCUACCAAAAAAUUUGCAACAACUUGUUACUGAGGCUAUGCAAACAAUUACCUUUGAUUCGUCUAAUCCUACUUCUACUGAGGCUUGUCUUAAUUCUACUUCAGAUAUAAAUACAUAAUUUAAUACUUUAAAAAUUGCAAUAUUACAUUUACUAUUUAUAGUAAAUAUUUUUUUUAUUUUAAGAUGAGUAUUGUUUAUAAAAGAACUAUUUUACUAGUACUUGAUUUAAAAUCACUGUAAAAAGUAAAAAAGUCUUCUUGCUAUUUGUGUUUUAAAUUUUUAAAUUAUUUAUCAUUUUAUUAUUUAGGAUAAAAAUUAAUUAUUAUUGUGACAGAUUUUACUGUAAACAUAUUUGUCAUCAUGCACUUUUUAUAUACAUAAAAAAAA